AUGGCAGCAGACAAUGUCCCUGACGAUAGGGUCGAGUUCGUCAUGAAGGAGGGUUUAGACGACGACGCUGCCCUCCAAUUCACCCCAGCACAGGAGAAAAAGAUCGUCCGCAAGAUCGACCUACGUCUGGCUGUGACGCUUGGGGCCCUCUAUUGUAUCAGUCUUCUCGAUCGGACCAACCUUGGCUCUGCUUCGAUUGCUGGAAUGCAGACAGGUCUGGGCAUGAAUGCGAAGAAUAAUGCCUACACCAUUGUUUCUCUCGUCUUCUUCAUCUCGUACACUCUUUUCCAAGUGCCUGCGGUUGUCCUCAUACGCACAGUCGGACCGCGCAAUUUUCUCACUUUCAUCGUCCUGGCCUGGGGCGCAGUUAUGAUCGGGUUCGGAUUCGUUCCGAGCUGGGAAGUCAUGUGUGUGCUUCGAAUUAUUCUAGGCGCGCUAGAGGCAGGUUUUUAUCCUGGAUGUGUCUAUCUUCUCUCCACCUGGUAUCCUCGAUUCGACUUGCAGAAACGCAAUGCCCUGUUCUACUUGAUCGGCAGCAUGGCCGGAGGCUUCGGUGGAAUCUUGGCCUACGGGCUGAUGCAGAUGGAUGGCCUCGCGGGCCUCUCGGGCUGGAGAUGGAUCUUCAUUAUAGAAGGGAUUGUGACGUGCCUGCUCGCCUUUGUCGCUUACUUCAUCAUUGUUGAUUUCCCAGAGGAUUCCCCAAAGUCCUGGCAUUUCCUCAACGAGGCAGAGGCAGCUUGGGUUGUUGCACGAAUCGAGAAGGACCGCUCAGACACCUUGCCUGACAAGUUCUCCGUCGGCAAAUACCUCAGAAACGCGCUGGACAGCAAAGUAUGGGCAUUUGCCUGGCUCACUAUGCUGACGACGACGAAUUCAUACGCUAUCGCUUACUUCCUGCCCAUUAUUCUUCUAGACGGAAUGGGCUUCUCCAUUGCCGAGGCACAGUGCCUGGUGGCACCUCCAUACGUUAUGGCUGCCAUUGUGAUGUUCGUCCAAGCCUAUUUUGCGGACAAAUGGCGGAUGCGUGGAGUGGUGGUAGCUGGAAAUGCUCUGCUAGGUAUUCUUGGGCUCGCUCUUCUGGGCUACGUCCAUACCCCUGGCGUUCGCUACUUCGGUGUCUUCCUAGCUACAACAGCAGCCAACGCAAAUUGUCCAGCAUUACUCACCUACCAAGGAAACAACAUUCGUGGUCAGUGGAAGAGAGCCCUGGCAUCAGCAACUCUCGUCGGAGGCGCUAGCAUUGGCGGUAUCAUUGGAACAACCGUCUUCCGUGCCAAAGAUGCCCCGAACUACCGCCCGGGCAUUUUGACCUGCAUGCUCGCGAACGUCUUGAUCGUGAUCAUUGUUAUCGCGCUGAGCCUCAAAUUCCACCGAGCUAACAAGAGGGUUGAUAAUGGUGGGAAGCCUAUUGAAGGACUUCAAGGCUUCAAAUACACCCUCUGA